CCGCUCUUCCCACAGCGCAGGACGAGGCCGGUGUAGAGACGAGGCGGCGCGGCCUACUCCGACGAUGGCUCAACCGCCGCCGCCGCCUCCUCCCUUCGCCUCCCGCUUCGCGGGGCCGCCGCAGCCCGCCGGCUUUCCCCCGCCCGCGCUGCCUCCCCCGGGGCCUUUCCGGGGACCGCCGCCUCAGCCUUUCCCGCGGGGCCUCUACCCGCCGUUCCCAGGCGGAGGCCUCCCGCCUUUCCUGCCGCCACCGGCGGCGCCUCCUCAUCCUCAUCCUCCUCCUCAGUGGCCACCGACCCUGCCAGAGAGGCCGCCGUUGCCAUGGAGACCGGAGGGCCCGCCGCGGCCUACUCCCGAGGCCUCAGACGCGCCGGGCGACGAGGCCUGCGACCGCGACGAGGCCUGGCUCAGCCGCUUCGUCAGGCGACGACGACCCACCGCCGUCUCCGCGGCUCCGCCUCGGGAGCGGGGCCUGACGGCGGACGAAGCGGCGCGGGCGGCGGCCGAGGCGCUGCGGGCGGUAGCGCGCGUGGCCGGCCUGUGCGCGACCUGGCGGCAGCGGGGCGAUGAAGCUACGCCAGGCGAGACGGCCGAAGCCGAGGCCGGCUUGGAGGAUCUCCGAGUCCUGGUGAGGCCUCUACGCGAGCCCGGCUCCCUGGAGCUGCUGCGGGCCCGGCUGGAGCGGGCCCGUCAGAAGAGGCUGAGGCGGCGGCAGCGGAGGCAAGAAGCCCGCGCCGCCCGGCAGGAGGAAGAAGCCCGGCGCGCCGAGCGCGAGGCCCGCAUCGAUCGCUGGAGGGCCCGGCGAGCCCAGGAGGUGGAGGACCGGCACCGGGAACAAGAACUUAAAGCUGCUGCUGAUAGCGUGUUAUCAGAAGUGAGAAAAAAGCAAGCGGACACAAAGAGGAUGGCAGAGAUUCUGCGUGGCUUAGAAAAGCUCAGGAAACUAAGAAAAGAAGCAGCAGCAAGAAAAGGUGUUUGUCCGCCGCCAGCUGCAGAUGAAGCCUUUGAAAGUGAAAUUCAGAAUUUAAAAGCAUCGAUUAAAAAACGCACAGAACUCUACGAAGCUGAAGAACGAGCUCUCCGAGUCAUGCUGGAAGGAGAGCAGGAAGAAGAAAGGAAACGAGAAAUGGAGAAGAAGCUGAAGAAGGAAAGGGAAAAACUCCUGCAGCAGAAGCGUGACAUGGACUCCAAACUGUUUGGGGAUCCAGAAGAAUUUCCAUUUACCCACGUUUUGGAGCCAUUCACACAAUACUAUUUGCAAGCUGAAUAUUCCUUGCCAGCUCUCCUCCAGAUCAGGCAUGAAUGGGAUCAAUACUUGGUGCCUGCAAGUCACCCUGAAGGAGAUUUCAUUCCACCAGGAUGGGUCCUUCCAAGUCCUCCCUCCAGUGACACCUGGGCCACUGCUGUCAGGUGAUGACUUUGAAGCACCAUUGAAGACAAGGCAUGGCGUGAUUUGCCAGUUUGGGAAGGCUGCCAUAAACGAUGUGUGAUUGACAACUCACAUUAGAAGAGUGCUUUGAGUUUAAAAUACAUUAUAGGUGGCUAAAAGAUGCCAGAAAAUAUUGACUGAGAAGACAAGCUUAAAGAUGCUGUUAAAAGUAUAGCAUUGAUACUUAUUGUAGUGCUUGUAAGUCUUCUCAAGCAUCUGGUUAUACUUGAGCAUCAAAGGAUUUUGAUCAUGCAAGAAGUGUCAAUGAAUCAUUGCUGUGCAUGUAUUGGAGUUUGUGGGAUAGAUCCAUACUUUAAAAUGACUUUCCUCGGAAAUUUAUCUGAGUUUACCUUCAAUGGGAUGUAAAUCCUACAAAAUCAAAAGUGUAAUCCCAGCGAUAGAAAAAUAAGUAUGCCAUGGAUCUGCAGGGUGACAUUGGCUAAUAGAGGCCAGAUAUAGAGCUCAGCUUAUCUAUAGAGCUUAUAGAGUUCAGAGACCACGCAAUUGAUGCAUCAGCAAAACAUUAUUCUACAUUAAGUGUUCUUAAUGUAAAGUAAACUCUGGGAAGUCAGAUGUUAUUGCCCCAAGGCAACAUCAAAGAUGAUUUCUUUGGAACAGUAUCCAGAUGUUUACAUUCAAGCUAUUUUCCAAAACACCUCUGUAGUUAUCCUGGCCUUACAUGGCAGGAAUUAAGUGAAUAGACAGAUGUGGCCGAUAGUCAUUUCCUUUGAAGCUUGACUUACAGUACUGCUUUUAAAAAUUAUGGCGCUAAAUUGGAGUUGUAUGGAGUGAAUUAACUAGCUUUUGUCCAGGUUGCCAUAAAAAGUGCCUUUCAUUGAUACACACAUGUGAUUUACAUACUUAGGGAAGCAUUUGUUUUGUUUUGGUUUUCUCUUAAAGUAGGAUAAUAGAAUAGGGAUAUAAGCUAAAGGGGUUUUGCCUCUUUGUAUUUUGAUUAUAACAUCAAUGCAUGGUUUGGCGUUCCAAGAAAGGCGUCUUGAACUUGUGUGCUCUUCUGCUCCCCUUCCUGUGUUUUAAUAAAUGACUCCUUGCCAGCCUAGCUUACAACCCUAGCUGAAGGGCACAUUUCCAGUUUAAAUAAAUGACAAACUCUGCAGAAACAUAGUUCAUUCCUUGAAGUGAAAGAAUGUAAAGAGGAAGCAGAUAGAGAUUUUUUUUACCUGUGAACUACCAGCUGCUCAGAAACUUUGUGUGUGCUUGUACAUAUGUCCUAUAAAAAGUUCUUCAGAAUACUCAUUCUGUAUGAAUUCUGUGAUUCAUAAAUUGCAAAAAACUAGAAAUUACUAUUGUUGACCAAAAGAAAUGUAUUCCUACCAAACCUUGCUACGUUUCUCCACUGCUCAGCGAAUACCCUUUUUUUUUUUGGAUAUUCAGUUAUUUUACAUUCACUUGUUUCUUCAGAUCUGUUUACUUCUGAAACAAAAGUUCUAAGUAUUUAAUACCAGUUGGUUUAGUUUUGCAUUAUUUACACUGGAAAGACUGAAUGUUCUCUAAUCUCAUACUUUUUCCUGCAUUUCUUUAAGAAAAAGUUAUUAUUUUAACACAUUUUAUUUGUACAAUUAUGCCCACAAACACUGUUAAAUCAUCUUUUCUCAGACCUAAGAAAAAUUGAAACCGCAGGCAUGGCUGUUAAUGACAUAAAAGAGCAAGUUGUACCCAAAUUGCUAGUACAAACCAUAGCUUUUGUCUGGUACAUGUGUGCAAUAAAUAGACUUGUUAAACGUUUAUUGGAAGAUAAUUGUCAAAUCAUCUGCAAAGCUUGCUUUAUUGUCUUGUAAAGUUUGCGACAAAGUCUUGAGGAUGCUGUAAUGGGAAACUGUAAAUUGUCAAAGUGACUUAUAGCCUUGUUUAAUAAAAGUAUGUUGCCUUUUGUUUGUACUUAAUAAAUUAUUAGAAUUUCAA